AAAAGGUGUUGUGUUAUACGGUUUAAACGCGUACGAUUGCAUAUGGCGGAAAUUUUUUGUUUUUAUUUUUUUCUACUACAUACAAAUUUGAAACGAAACGAGUGCGAUUAUCGUCAAAUAGGCGAAUUAGUGUCGAAAUAAAACGAAUACUAAAGGACCGGCUAUAAGGCAUAGACGUGAUUAAGUGGAAAACGCAUAAAGCGCAGUGUUUUCUUUGUGUUCUCCAUGUUUGCUGUGGUUCCUUUGAGUUAAAAAAAAUAUUAAAAAUAUAUGAAAGUUUAUUUAACAUAAUUUUACACAAACAACAGUAUUUUUGUAAUCACAGAACAAAAAUAAAGCGUUUGCUUUACAGAGUGAUAUUUCUACAAAAAAAAGAUUAGAGAUUAUUGCAUAAUUUCGGCGGAAAGCGAAACGCCUUUUAACAAUCAAACAAAAAGGUGAAAAAAUAUAUAAUAAUAUUAUAUGUACAAGUAUAUUUAACGACGACACGCGCACAGCAGCCGAUAAGUGAAACGAAAUUCAAAGAGCCAUACAUAAAAAAUAUUAAUAAUACAUAAAAUAAUAAACAAGUGUGUGAAAGAUAUCUUUGAAUAAGAUUUUAGUUUUUUUUUUAUUAUUUAUAUUUUGUACGUGCGAAAUUUAUUUUUGUCAAUUUUUGUUGUUGUUAUAAACACAUAAACAAAACGACGGCGGCGGCAGGCAAAGUCUUCUAUUUGCCUACCGAGAGUGAAGUAAAAAAUUUAUGCUAAAUGGAUGCAACAUCAAUAAUCACACAAGUCUCACGCGACGAUGAGCAGUUGAACGUGUGUCCAAAUGAGAAAGAUGAUGUCGAGCGUUUGAAACCACCAAAACGCGGCUUCUUUCAAUCGUUUCUAUGCUGCUGGCGACGUAAUCGUACGAAAACUAAUCAAAAUGGCACAUCAAUCGAUGGUUCCACAACACCGCCACCAUUACCGGACCAACAAAGGUACCUACUACCUCAGGUUAGGCACUCGGAUAUGCAUAAAAAAUGCAUGGUCAUCGAUUUGGAUGAGACAUUAGUGCACAGUAGUUUUAAGCCGAUUCCAAAUGCUGAUUUUAUUGUACCAGUGGAAAUUGAUGGCACCAUACAUCAAGUUUAUGUACUCAAACGGCCCUAUGUCGAUGAGUUCCUGCGAAAAAUGGGCGAAUUGUACGAGUGUGUUUUAUUUACAGCAUCACUAGCCAAAUACGCGGAUCCCGUUGCCGAUCUGUUAGACAAAUGGGAUGUGUUUCGCGCAAGACUGUUUAGGGAAUCGUGCGUUUAUUACAGGGGAAAUUAUAUUAAGGAUUUAAAUCGUCUUGGGCGUGAUUUACAAAAAAUUGUCAUUGUUGAUAAUUCACCAGCGAGUUAUAUAUUUCAUCCAGAUAAUGCGGUUCCUGUAAAGUCAUGGUUUGAUGACACGAACGAUUCGGAGUUGCUUGAGCUCAUACCGUUGUUUGAAAAACUCAGCAAAGUUGAUUCUGUAUAUAGCGUUCUGUGCAAUUCCAAUAAUCCGCUGAAUAAUGUUGCGAAAAUCAACAACACGAAUCAACAGCAAAUGUCCAUGCCGCAGUCGCAGUUGCAUCAAACUAUGCAACAACAACAACAAUUGCAAAUACAAACGACACAUCCACAGAAUCAGCAGCAGGGAGGAGUGCAGCAAACGAUUACCGCAACAACGGUAAUUACGCAAGCGACAACAAUAUCAGUACCGACAUUGCUAACGACACAGCAUCCACAUCAGUUGCAACAGCAGCAACAACAACAGCAUCAACUGCAAACAAACCAGCAGCAGCAGCAGCUGGAAGGUAGUCCGCCAAAUCCGCCCGAUUUAAGUAAUAAAACGUAACAUCAGUGGGAAUUGAUGUUUAUUAAUAUAUAA